AUGUCGUCGCAACGACGGGUGUCAGGAGCUAUUACUAGACUCUCAGCGCGUGCGAGCCCAUAUCACAGUGCAGUCACUUUGCUUGAAGCCGGAAAUGCGCAUCAGCCGUCAACAUCACUGUCCCCUAGCCCAAAGUCGUCGAAGCGUAUCAAGCUCGAGGUUGAAUCCAAGACCUCGAAUAUCUCAGACCGGGCACGUUCCACUGCAAGCCUACGGAAGACGUCACCAACUUUGAAGCUAGAAGAGACGGUAUCUGAAGAAGAUACGAAUUCGAAAGUGAAGGUCAAGUCCGCCAAGAAACCUAAACUGAUACCACAGUCUCUGGACACUCCACAUCCUGCUCCACCACGCUGGAAGGAGGUGUAUGACUCGAUCAAAGAGAUGCGCACGCAAACUGUCGCUCCUGUAGACACUAUGGGGUGCGAACAAACCCAGCACAAGGAGACAGACCCAAAGAACCGACGGUUUGCUAUACUAGUUUCUCUGAUGCUAUCUUCCCAAACGAAAGAUGAAGUCACGAAUGCAGCUGUUCAAAAGCUGCGAGCUGCCGUAGGAGGCACGCUAUCUGUUGCCGCCAUCAUAUCUGCGGAUGAUUCUACAAUAUCAGAUGCGAUAGCAAAAGUUGGCUUCUGGCGACGGAAGACUGGGUAUAUUAAGAAGACGGCUUUACGGUUACGGGACGACUUUGAUUCAGAGGUACCCAAGACGGUGGAUGAGCUAUGCUCAUUGCCAGGAGUCGGACCUAAAAUGGCGUUUCUUACGCUUCAUGUCGCCUGGAAUCUCAAUCACGGUAUUGGUGUGGAUGUGCACGUUCAUCGUAUUACUAACAGGUUGGGAUGGCAUCAACGGCCCACCAAGAAGCCUGAAGAAACGAGGUUAAAUAUCCAGUCCUGGUUACCCAUCGAAUUGCAUCGCGAAAUCAACCACAUGCUCGUCGGCUUUGGUCAGACCAUUUGCGUCCCUGUGGGACCGAAGUGCGACUCGUGCACGUUGAGCACUAAAGGGCUUUGUCCAAGUGCCAAUACAACUCUCCCGAAAAGCCCGAAGAAACGCAAGAGACAAUCUUCUGCAAACAUUGAGCGCGAUUCUAGGACCAAAGAUCGAUAUUGCAAUCGAGUCUUGAACUAUGAAGAGUUGAUGUUCUUCCGCCCCCCACCCAGUAAUGCAUGCAUAUAUUUUGUGAUGUCUAUAUUCAAUAACUUACUAGCAACUCACACAAAUAAUUACCCAGAUUAA